CAGCCCACCUCACCUGAACCUCAACCUUUCCUUCAGGAAAACAUAUUGAUUGAAAAAGGAAACAGAAGAAGAUGUACUUGUUUAUUGUAUGUCAAUUUAUAAAUAUAGCUACAUAACAUUUCAAAAGAUUUCUGUUUAACUGAUGGUGAUGUAUCCUGAGGCGCACUACGUAUUAUUGGAGACGGCGAGGUGAAAACACUGCCUGGGAAUCGGUUGUCAAACCUAAGGGUUGCUUGGUCUUUCUCUAAAAUCUGACAUGGCCAUGUGAUAAAUGGAUUCCCUCAGCUUAAUCAAUGGCUCCUCUGGGAGCAAAGAGCUGGCCAUCGGGGAGGAUUCAUCUGACGUGACUCUGAAUCAUCCGUUGCUAGAGCUAGGAGACAGUACCAAGCUUCUUGGGGUGCAGGUGGUCCUGAUCUUGGCAUACUCUACCAUCAUCCUUUUGGGCGUUGUGGGGAACUCCCUGGUGAUUUAUGUGGUUUACAAAUUUAAGACACUCCGUACCGUCACCAACUUCUUCAUUGCAAACCUAGCCAUAGCUGAUCUGCUCAUCAACACGUUGUGUCUCCCGUUCACGCUGGCUUACACUCUCCUCAGGGAAUGGAAGUUUGGACAAGUGCUUUGUUUCACUCUGCCAUACGCUCAAGGUCUCGCCGUCCACGUCUCUACUAUUACAUUAAACGUAAUUGCAUUGGAUCGGCAUAGAUGCAUUGUUUAUCACCUAGACACUCGAAUGUCAAAGGACACCUGCUUUCUGGUCAUUGCCAUCACCUGGGUGGUAAGUGCCAUUCUGGCAAGCCCACUGGCCAUAUUUAGGGAGUAUGGAAUCGUAGAUCUUUCUCCAGAUAACUCCAUUGAGGUUUGUGGAGAGAAGUGGCCUGACAGUAGUACAGACAGCACUCUAUACUCAAUCUCCACGCUGCUGCUGCAAUAUGUGUUGCCUCUGGCAAUCAUCUCUUUUGCCUACAUCCGUAUCUGGAGUAAACUCCGCAAUCACGUCAGCCCAGUUGGUCACAACGACAGGCAUCAUCGUCGCCGCAAGACCACCAAGAUGUUGGUUACCAUGGUCGUGGUGUUUGCGGUCAGCUGGUUGCCUUUCCACGCCUUCCAGCUUGCCAUUGACAUUGACCACAACGUGUUGGACAUGAAGGACUUCAGGCUUCUUUACACUGUUUUCCACAUUGUGGCCAUGUGCUCAACGUUUGCCAACCCACUGCUGUAUGGUUGGAUGAACCGGAACUACCGCAGCGCCUUUGUUGCGGUCUUCAGUUGCAAGGAACGGCUUGAUUCAUUGCACGCCGAGGGCCAGGCUGCCACAGCGGUUCGCAGCAAACCCAAAAAGGCUUUAGAAGCCCAAGAUAUAGUGACGACACAUCUCAAUGCAACAGAUGUCUGAGGUGAGGAUACUGAUAGGAUUCCUAAUGCCAGUUCAAAACUAUGGAGGAUUUAUCGUAGCGGGAACUUCCUAGUGAUUUGUGUGGUUUCCAAAUUUAAGACACUUCAUACCAUCACCGAUUUCUUCAUGGCACACCUUGCCAUGUCCGAUCUGCUUG